AAUCACAUAAGACCUUCAAAAUACAAUUUUCAUUUGAUAUAAAGCUUUUGAGAAGAGGAUAUACAAUGAACGGAACAUCGUGGGCUGACCAGUGGGACAAUAGCGGCGGCUCUGCCAGAGGAGGCCAAGUCGGCGGCGGCGCCGUCGUCAGAAGCAGCGGAAGUGGAACGACUUCAAACACGGCUAAGUACAAGGAGAAAAUGGGACAAGGAUUAGACAAGACCAAAGCUGUAGCUUCUUCUGGUUUCAAGAAGCUCAAGACUGGUUCUGCUAUUGGUUUUCGUUGGGUCAAGGACAAGUAUCACAAAACCACACACAAAUAAUAAAGACUCCUUGUAUAUGAUUACAGUUUGAAUUAUCCACUUGGCAAAUAUUAUGUCUGAUCUAUAUAUUUAUAGCUUGUUUGAUUUGAUGAAUGUUUUGUUUACUGUAGUAAAUUGUUCGACUUUGU